CCGAGCGCGCACCUCAACGCCAGCUGUCUUCUGAGGGGGACCCUUACCGCCCCUCCCCAAAAGGCAUGUCUGCAACCGCAUAGACCAGAGAAUUUUGAGCCUUUUAUCCUUCAGCUGACGAGGACCAAUUCAUAAAUUCACUCGCUUCGAUAUUACUGCUCCAGCAUCACCUUUACACAGCGACAGCCCAUCGACCACCAGCAGCGCAGCAACGCCCAUAGCAACGGCACUGCGCAUCCUCAAUCUGUUUCUCUGACCCAGCAAUACCGGCCGCCCUCCACCAACAACCAACCUGCUUUCCAACGACCUUCUGAACGCUGGAUCCAUAUCACACCGUUGUGUUUUUCUUUUUAUCGCAAAGGACCAUGAACGCGCCGUGUGCGGUUAUUGUCUCAUCAGUCAAAGUCACUGGUCAUUUCGAAAGCCCUUCCACCAGCUGAAACAAUAAGGGAUCCUCCUCCCUUCAACUCACCUGUAAGUUCUGGCCUAUCAAGGACCUGGCAGCGGCACGGGAGCUCCGCCCACCACACCCUCUAAAUGAGGGACAAGGCCACCCAGACCCCUAGGGCCUGGGUAGAUGAGCGGAGGAGAGGCUCUCAUAAGCGAUCGGCUUCCUGCGGCAGCACUGAUCAGCUGAAAGAGAUCGCAAAAUUGCGACAACAACUCCAGCGGAGCAAACGCAGCAGCCGCCAUCGCCGGGACAAAGACCGCAAAUCCCCCUUUAAUGGAAACCAUGCCAUCAUCCAAUCACAGUCUCAGAUGCCUAAAACCAUCCUGAUUCCCAUCCCCAUCUCUAAGUCCACACCUCCCAGAUUUCGGAACAGCAUAGAGGGGCUCAACCAGGAGAUCGAACGCAUCAUCAUACGGGACACUGUGGAGCGAGAUGAGAUCAUAGUACCACAGGACGUUCCUGAUGGGCACCGUGCGCCCCCGCCCCUCCCCCAGCGCAGCAGCAGCACACGCAGUAUUGACACACAGACGCCCUCCAACGGCGGCCUCGGCAGUAACCGUAGCAACAGCAGCAGCCGGGCUGACUCUGUCUCACCCUCGUACCUCAGCAUCCUCAACGACACGGUCGGAAACAGCCCGCUCGAAGACACGCUCAACGAGAGCAAAGAAAGAGACCUAGGACCUUGGUCUCCUCUGCCCAAAUAUGCUUCAUCUCCAAAGCCCAACAACAGCUAUAUGUUCAAACGUGAGCCUCCGGAAGGCUGCGAGAGAGUCAAAGCUUUUGAAGAAAACCAGCCAAGGCCUCUCCAAGAGAUUCCUCCUUAUCUCUGCCCAGACAGAAACAAGGUGAACUUCAUUCCCAAAAGCGGCUCUGCUUUCUGCCUGGUGAGCAUCUUGAAGCCUCUGCUGCCCACCCAGGAGCUGAACUUCCGUAGCGGGGUGGGAUACCGCAGCAUCUCACCCUCAUUGGUGCCUCUGGGUGGGGUCGCGGUGAGGAGCCUGUCCCCCUCCAUGGGUCCCGUCUUGUCCCGUGGACGUCAGUCACCAUGCCUCCCACGACAUCUUGAGGAGCCAGAAGGUUAAAACGGAUCAGAGGAAUCUCAGCUGAUGAACAGAGAUGCCAUUUUUCCCACACUCCUGUAUCGUCUGAUAGAGUCAGAGCUUUGUUAGGAAUUCAAGAACCAGUUCUGAACAACUCCGAGAGAUAUCAGUCUGAAACUUGAACAUGAGUUUUGUUUUAUUUUUGUUUGUUUUUUUGUUUUUUUGUUAUCUAAGGUUCAAGGAGGAUCGAAAGGAGGUUUUCAAGAUGGUGUAUGUAUAUAGAUUAAACAUUUUUAGUAUUGCACUGCUUUUUACUUUCUCAACUAUUUAUUGCAUUUUACCAUGAAGCCUUUGAAUUUUCUUAUGUAUAGCUGCAUCCUUUAACCUACACAAAAGUUUGGAAUAAUUAAGAUUUUGGUUGAUUUUUGAAUUAUGCCUCUUAAGCUUACCAAGGCUGCAUUUAUUUGAUUGGAAAUUCAGUAAAACAGUAAUAUUGUGAAAUAAGAUUACAUUUUAAAAUGUUUUCUAAACGCCAUUUAUUCCUGUGAUGGCAAAGCUGAAUUUUCAUCAUCAUUACUUUAGUGUUCAGUAUCACAUGAUCCUUCAGAAAUCAUUCUAAUGUGCUGAUUUGGUGCUCAAGAAACGUUGAAAACAGUUUUUAAGAAAUGAAUACAUUUUAUUUUAUUCAGCAAGGAUGCAUUAAAUUGAUCAAAAGUGACAGUAAAGACAUUUAUAAUGUCUUUAAAUAUAUAUUUAUAUAUAUAAAUAAAUAUUAAGCAGCAAAAACUUUUCAUCAUUAGUAAUAAUAAAAACUGUUAUUAAUAGAGUACCAAUAAUAAUUCCGAAGGAUCAUGCGACACUGAAGACUGGAGUAUUGUCUGCUGAAAAUUCAGCUUUGCCAUCACAGGAAUAAAUUAUAUUUUAAAAUACGCCUAUAUUAACAUAGAAAACAGUUCUUUUAAACAAAAAUGACAGUUUCUACUGUAUUUUAAUAAAAUAAAUCCAGCUUUGGUGAGUAUAAGAGACUUCUUUUAAAAACAUUUUUUAAAAAAUCUUAAUUUUUCCAAACUUUUGACCUGUAGUGUAAAUGUAAGUAAUUUGAUUUACUAGGGAAAUUGAGGUUUUAGGUCACAGUUUUGCUUGCUCAUAGUUUACAUGCAGUUUGAAUAGUGCUGGAAGAACAACCAGAAAUGUUGUAGCAGAUUUGAGGAGGACUAACAAAUGUGCCUGACUCCCACCACUCGUUCGUAGGACUCCAUUUGCAUACAGUCCUUUUUCUAUUAUCGUCUGUCCCUACAUCCAGUCUCGUCCCUUAAAACGUAUAGAGCCCUUCCCCAUAUACGUAACCUGUAUGCGCUUAAUGUGAUUUGCUGGUGAGAGGAAGUUUUGAUGGUACACGAACAGCCUGGACUCGCAUUAGGAGACGACAUAGAUCAAAUGUACCGGACAGUAUUAUGAUUAUGAUGCACUUAUCAGUUCUGUUGCUAAAUUUCAAGAUUAGUUCAACAGAAAGGUGUCAUUACUGUAAUUUCAAUCGAGUGAAGGAAAUAGAUCAGACUAUCAGAGCACACUGGAUACGAAAGAUUUGUCACGAAUAACAGCGAGAGAAAAGGGAUGCAAAUCAUUUAAAAGAUGGAGGCAUGGCUUUAGCUAAUAGUGAACUGAUUUGAACUGUAGCAUCUUUAUACUGUGAAAUUUACCAUUAUUCACGCUGUAAAGCUUCCCUUCUUCCAAAAAGAAAAAAAAAAGUUGAAAGAAAACGGCAAUCCUGAACAAAUUGUAUGCAAUUGCCUUAAUACUGAAUUGAAAUAGAGAAGUGUGUAAAUUAGACAGGUGCCUGGUGUUAUUGAAUUUGUUUAAGCUGUUACAAGAUGUUUUUCUUUCUGUGAAUGCAUUUCAAGAUGGAUGUAACUCUGGCAGGAUAAGAUUGGAUUAUGUGUUGACAAAUAAUGUGAGAAAUAACAAUCAGAAAUGGAAUUCUACUCCGAUUUAUUUGCUCUCAAAUGCAAAAUCUCUCAAUCCAGUUUCCUUCAAUGAAAUUGUACAUUAUUUAACUGAAACAAAGGCAAAGUUGCAUAAAAUAAACAGAUGAAAGCAGCUGCGAAUGGUGUGGUGUACAUUCUUUUUCUUACAUAAAAAAAAAGCGAUACAAUUACAUCUCAACAUAUAGUUCCAAACACAAAGUGACACUUCAAAAUGUUAAACCACUCAAAGACAAUACGUGCUCCAUUAAACAUGGAGUGAAAAUCUUGUGAGAAACGUACAGACAAAGCUAUUCAGAUCAACGAACAUAUCUAUGCUCAAAACAGACAACAUACAUUCUAGAACAAUCCGAGACUGGACUCUGAGACAGUUUAGUGCAAGCAAUAACUUGAUUUCUUCAAUACAACAGAAAACCAAUUGGUCACUCCUGAUGAGACCAAACAUGAUCAUCUGGGAUACAAUGAGAUUUGUAAUGUUUCUAGAGUAGGAUAUGAAGGUGACAAAUGAAAUUAAAAAAAAUCACACAAAAACAUGUUCACAAACACAUUCCAGUGUUUUGCAUCACAGUGUGACAGUGAAGAACAUUUGGGAGACGUAAUUUCUCUGAGUGAGAGCGUUUCAGCAUUUCGGUCACUGAAAACAAGAAUGCAUCACCUAUGAUUAGCUCCAUUAAACUGUGACCUUCUCAUUCCCACCAAACUAAUGGCACAGCACACAACUUGCAUAUGUGGUUUCCAGUAACACUUUUAUUAGAUUAAUAAAUAAUUUCAUUUAUUUUAUCAUUUAGGGUUAAACUAAUCCAGUGAAAUAGACUCCAAAAAUAUUAGUUUUUUUGUGAUUUACGUGCAACCACACACACUUUGGGUAUCGGUCUUUAUUAAAAAUACAGUCUAUAAUCUAUAAUAGAUGUUAUAAAUCUGUAACCCUGUUUCUGGACAUUAAAACUCCCCUGUCGUACAAUGCAAACAGAUAUACACACACAUUUACGCAGAUUUGGUCCUAGGCAAUAUACGAGAUGGGCAAAUCCUCACUUUCACAUCCCUUUAAACAUGUGCACUUCAUAAAGUAACAGAUACUUUACUCUCAGGUAACAACACUAUAGUGAUAUAGAGAUGAAGUCUUGAACAUUUCACCCUUCGGUGACCUAAUGAACAUACAGUAAAUUCACGCACACAAUGAAAGAAUGGAGAAAAGAGAGACAUUGCCAUAUCUCAGAAACCUUCCAGUGUUUUAUAUGGAUAGAGAUUUCUGGAUGCUUCCUUGGCUCAGGUUGAACUGUUUCAGGAGAGGUAGUGAUCCAGCUCCGAAUACAGGCUUGGGAUAUGCACUCCUUUCCAUCAAAGAAUAUUUGGGAUGUGAUAAAGCUCCAGACCAUCCUUCA